UAUACUAUAGGCUUCUUCAUUCCCGAAUCCCUGCCCGUGACAGGUUCCAGUAUUUUCGUCGUUUUAUAAUUGGGGCUUUUGCCGCUUCUUUCUGUAACUUACAAAGAAUAUUCUACCCUGAAGAUGAGCUUAAGCUCGCAGUCUCAGUCUGCCAGUGCAAUUGGGAGUGUAAAUGUGGAGCCUCAGGACCCAAAAUCAAACCCUAAUCACAAGCGGGAGGCUUAUUCAGAAACUCAUGAUCCGACUGCGAAAAAAUCGAGAACUGAAGCUGCCGGCAGUGAAGAAGGGAACUCAGGAGCUGUUUCAGGUCAACAGAACGCAAAGGAACUAACUUUUGAGAUUGAGGCGGAUGCAGCUGAGGAUAAGGGGUCUAGGCAUACGAUGGAAGAUGCCUGGGUAGUGAUUUUGGACGCCAGUUUAGAUCAUCCUGGAAAACUGAGGUGUGCACACUUCGCAAUCUAUGAUGGACAUGGAGGCCGGUUGGCUGCUGAAUAUGCUCAAAAGCAUUUGCAUGAAAAUGUUCUUUCGACAGGAUUACCACGUGUUUUCUAUUUUACGUCCUCAGUAAGGCCAUAUGUGAGAGCAUAUAAGGAUAGCUAG